UGCCCCAGGCCUCCGGGCAUUGGCUGGUCGGGCGGCCAGGGACACGUGGUGCGGAACCGGCACGUUUUGCCGGUCUGAGUCUGCCGGAAAGAUGUCAGGCCUUCACACCGUGUUCCAGUACAUCGAGGAAAACCAGGACCGCUAUGUCAAGAAACUUGCAGACUGGGUGGCCAUCCAGAGCGUGUCCGCCUGGCCGGAGAAGCGAGGGGAGAUCAGAAGGAUGAUGGAGGUGGCUGCUGCUGACGUGCAGAGGCUGGGGGGCUCCGUGGAGCUGGUGGACAUUGGGAGGCAGAAGCUCCCGGACGGCUCGGAGAUACCCCUUCCUCCCAUUCUGCUGGGCAAACUGGGCAGCGAUCCGCAGAAGAAAACUGUGUGUAUUUAUGGGCACCUGGACGUGCAGCCUGCGGCCCUGGAGGACGGCUGGGAUAGCGAUCCCUUCACCUUGGUGGAGCGGGAAGGCAAGUUGUACGGGAGAGGCUCCACGGACGACAAGGGGCCAGUGGCCGGGUGGAUGAAUGCCCUGGAGGCCUAUCAGAAGACUGGCCAGGAGAUUCCUGUCAACCUGCGCUUCUGCCUGGAAGGCAUGGAGGAAUCUGGCUCCGAAGGGCUGGAUGACUUAAUUUUUGCCCAGAAAGACAAGUUCUUCAAAGAUGUGGACUACGUCUGCAUUUCAGACAACUACUGGCUGGGGAAGAACAAGCCCUGCAUCACGUACGGCCUCAGAGGCAUCUGUUACUUCUUCAUCGAGGUGGAGUGCAGUGACAAAGACCUCCAUUCUGGCGUGUAUGGUGGCUCAGUGCACGAGGCCAUGACAGAUCUCAUCUCGCUGAUGGGCUGCCUGAUAGACAAGAAGGGGAAAAUCCUCGUCCCUGGCAUCUACGACGCCGUGGCUCCCCUGACGGAUGAGGAGUGUGAGCUCUAUGACCACAUUGACUUCGAUAUGGAAGAGUUCGCCAGGGACGUGGGGGCCAAGACCCUUCUGCACAGCUGCAAGAAGGACAUCCUGAUGCACCGCUGGCGGUACCCCUCCCUCUCGCUCCAUGGAAUUGAAGGGGCCUUCUCCGGUUCUGGGGCCAAGACUGUGAUCCCCAGGAAAGUGGUCGGCAAGUUCUCCAUCAGGCUGGUGCCAAACAUGAUACCCGAAGUUGUUAGCGAGCAGGUGUCAAGCUACUUGUCAAAGAAGUUUGCUGAACUUCACAGCCCCAACAAGUUCAAGGUGUACAUGGGCCAUGGUGGGAAGCCCUGGGUAUCCGACUUCAACCAUCCUCAUUACCAGGCGGGGAGAAGAGCUCUGAAAACAGUGUUUGGUGUUGAACCUGACCUGACCAGGGAGGGUGGCAGUAUUCCUGUGACCUUGACCUUUCAGGAGGCCACAGGCAAAAAUGUCAUGCUGUUACCCGUGGGGUCAGCGGAUGAUGGCGCCCACUCCCAGAAUGAAAAGCUCAACAGGUUCAACUACAUAGAAGGAACCAAGAUGCUGGCUGCAUAUCUGCACGAGGUUUCACAGCUGAAGAACUGAGGAGUCUCACUCUCCGUGGAAUGCCGCGCCUGCCAGAAUCAUCUGCCCUCUGCCCUCUCUUUCUUCCAGCUUUCCUGGGAAAGUGGAACGUCCUUUUUCCUCUCUCUUUCUCAGGUCACAGGCAGACUUGCAAAAAUGGAGACAGUGCCUCCAGCCAUCACCAGGGAAAAUCAGCUGUGUCAGGCAGUUGGAAAUGUUCAGUUCUAAGGCUUAUUGGGGACGACUGAUGGCUCCGACUGGGGGAGGGGACUCUCAGAUGUGGCCAGUGUGACUUUGUCUCCAGGAAGUAGUCAGAGUCCAGAAGCUCCAAGUCUGUGAGAGGCGCUGCCAAUCAUGGACUUGAGUGAACAGGAUGGUUGCUCCCUGCUCUCUGUUCCGGGUGAGGCUCAGGGAAUAUUCAGGAAGGAAAUGACAACAUUCAGGAGCUCUUUGUGCUGUGACAGCGCCACGGUGACCCCUCACUGUGCCUCUAUCCCUUCCUACCACUCUAGCUGACCAUCACUGGGUCCCUCCUGUUGCCGUCUCUCAGAAUCUGUCUCCACAGUCCUGGUGGAAGCAGCAGCCUGCUUGCAGCUACCCUGCUAAUAAAGGUGACCAGAGCUCUG